AUGUUUAAAACUACUACUACAAUUCCUACAACCAAAAAUAUACCAACUACUACUACUACUACAGCUCCUAUACUAAAAAUCAUAACAACUACUACUCCUACCACGCCUAAAACUAUAACUAUGCCUGAAAGUACUACAAUUAUAGGUCCUACAAUAAAAACUAUAUUAAGUACUACUACUACAACGCCUGAAACUUCUACAACUACGCCUAUAACUACUAAUACUACAAAUCCUAUAACAAAAAUAAUAACAACUAUCACUACUACUGCCAUGCCUAAAUCUACUACCACUGUUAAGACUACUGCUACUGGUACCUCAACGACCUUUACCCCUGUUACAACUACUUUAAAUGAGAACGAUGCGAAGAAAGAAAUAAAUGAUAGUGAAGAGCAAAGCAAUACUGAACCCUUCUCAACUACAUGUGAACAUUAUUGCGAUAGACCUUUUACUUGGUACACAACUGCAUCCACUACAAAUAUUCUACCUGCUACAUAUGAUGAGAGCAAAAGUGAUAGUAAAGAAACUGAGCCCAUACGUACAACUACUAUGGCAACUACGACAAAUAGCUUUACAAUACCAAGUACCACAGCAAAAGUUAUUCCUGAAACAACUACAACUGUUAAAACUAUAAUCUCAUUACAUCCUACAACACCUACUACAACUUCUUCCGAAACAACUACUUCAAAUAUUGACGAGACAGAAGAUAGUAUGGAUGACGAAAGUAAUACUGAAAAAGUAGUUAAUAGCACUGACCCCAUUUCAACUACAUGUGAAUAUCAUUGCCAUAUACCUAUUGCUUGGAUAACAACUACAUUAACUACGAAUACUCUACCUGCUACUCAAGAUGAGAGAGAAAGUAAUAGCGAAGAAACUGAGCCUACAAGUACAGCACCUAUGACAACUACUUUAAAUACUGAGAGAGUAGUCAUCACUACAAAAAUACCGACUACUGCAAUAACCAUAACUACAGCGCCUAGUACCUCAACGACUAUUUUUACAAGAACAAUGUCUUUAACAACCAGUGUACCAACGACGAAACAAGUAUUCACUACAAUAUCAUCACGUACAACAACAACCAAGAAAAGAACAACUUCUAAAAGUAGUUCUGCAAGUAUUACUCGUCGAUUGACAUAUAUUACUCUUCCCACAACUUAUUUCACUGAGUUGAAGAGUGAUGAUACGACAAUUGAUGGCAAUGAGGUGCCGAAACCUCAGAAGCUUAAACUCUUUCCUAAUGUAUGUAAACCUGAUCGUUGUAAGAGACCUAUAACAUGGAUUACACCAUUACGGAAAACAUCUAAACAUACGCGUAAAGGAUACCAUUUCUAA